AUGAAGAAAUUUUAUAAAAUAUUUAAUGAAGGAAGUAAGAUAAAUCAGAUAAUAUGUGCUAUUUUAAUAAACUUUCCGGUAUUUGUGUAUGGUGCGAGCAUUGGUUGGAUGUCACCAAUGAUACUUUUAUUACAAUCAGAAAACUCCCCCAAAGGAGUACCUUUAACAGAUACUGAGGUAUCUUGGCUGGCUGCAGUCGCAUACAUAACUUGUAUACCUGGAAAUGCACUUAUGGCAUUUUUAGUUGAUACACUUGGACGUAAAAUAGCGCUGCUUUUUAUUUCAUCUUUUGGGGCUGCCAGCUGGGUUCUUCUAUUAUCGUCACUAGAGGUUUGGGCUUUGAUAUUAGCUCGAGCUCUGGUCGGCCUCACAAUGGCAGGUUGCUACGUAAUUUGCCCUAUUUACACUAAGGAAAUGAGCCAAGAUAGUAUUCGAGGGGCGCUUGGUUGCAUAAUGAUUUUAUUUCAAACAACAGGUAAUUUAUUUCUUUAUAUAAUAGGAGACAUCCUUCAAUACCGUACAGUUCUAUGGAUUUGUUUAUCAUUGCCUACCUUUCAUCUAGUUCUUUUUAUGAUGAUGCCUGAAUCGCCUUCAUUUUUACUUAAAAAAAAUAAUGUAGAGGAAGCUACAAGAGUUUUAGCUUGGUUACGAUGCAGAAAAGAAGAUGAUACUUUAGUUAAAGCUGAACUAGAUCUGAUGAAAAGAGAGCAAAGACACGACGAUAAGACAAAAACAAACAGUUGUUUUAUAAUUAAAUCAAUACUAAAGGAUACUAUUCUUUUCAAAGCAUUUUGUAUUGCAAUGGUAGUGACUUUGGCUCGAGAAGUAUGUGGCGCCAUACCAGUUCUCAAUUUUGCAGGAGAAAUAUUUGCAUUUGCUUCAGACAAAUCUGAUUUUGUAUUGACUCCGAACCAACAGGCCAUGUUGUUAGGGGCGGUGCAAGUCUCAGGUUCGAUGCUCGCAUCAACCGUCGUGGAAAAAACUGGAAGGAAGCCACUACUUGCAAUAACAUCACUUUUAUCAGGAUUGAGUAUGAUAGCUUUAGCGUCAUGGUUUGUGACAAGAGAGUAUGGUGCGAACUCACUUAACUGGAUUCCAAUAAUGACUCUUUGCCUGUGCAUUUUUUGCGAUUCCUCAGGACUGCAGCCUAUAUCUAUUGUUAUUGCUAGCGAAAUAUUUUCUUUCAAGUACCGCGGCACGGUAAUGGCCGUCACUACGUCAGCAGCAUCAUUCGCAGACUUUUUACAAUUGUUAUUUUUUAAACCUUUAGUCAAUGCACUUGGAAUAUACAUAGCCUUUUAUUUUUUUGGUAUUGUAUGCAUAUUAAUGGCAGUAUAUGUUGUUAUUAUCAUACCUGAAACAAAAGGGAAGACGUUAGAUGAUAUAUAUAAACAUCUAGAACAGACAGACAGAGCAAUGUGUGCAGAAUCAGCGUGGCUUAGGUGGCUCGUCGUCUGGUUGAUAUUUCUUCAUUCUCAGCGACAUCGGCAGCAACGGCCGCGAUAUACUCGGCCGAACGAUCAGUCCGGUGGCGGCCAGGCCCUGCAAGGGAAUCUGUUCGAGUCGAGUAGAAAAGCGCCGGAAUGUUUAGCCAGUUGGCGCGACACGAUUAGG